AUGUCAUCAAUUCGAAACGCUCUGCAAAAAGCCGCGGCGCCGGUUCGACGAGCUCGCCGGAAUUCCGAUGUUCAGCCGGUUGAGGGCUUCAAUGCCGCUCAUAGUGAUCUGAUCGCGUUUCUCGCUAGAUCGCAUGGUGAUAUUUUCGACAAGGUCAUGACGAAUGCUGAGAACCUUGGGCUCAAACGCGAGCAAGUGUCGUACAUUUUCUGCGGACUCGUAGCGCUUUACCUCAUUUUCGGCUCGGCGGCUCGAUUGAUGUGCAACCUUAUUGGUUUUGGCUAUCCAAUGUACGCUAGUGUGAAGGCUAUUCGAACUCAUGACACUGACGAUGACACCCGAUGGCUCGUUUACUGGACAUGCUUCGCUGUAUUAUGCCUUUUCGACUUUUUCUCGGAAGGCAUUUUCCGGCUAUUCCCAUUCUAUUUCAUCCUUAAAGCCAUUUUCCUAAUCUACCUUUAUUUGCCGCAAACUCAAGGAUCUAUCGUGUUCUAUGAGAAGGUCGUCGAUCCAUUGGUGACUAAAAUCGAUGAGCUUGUCGCUAAGUGGUGA